CUCUCCCUCAACACCACCACCCCCGCACCCCACGACAGCCAACAGAACGGGCGAGCAUACGCAGUGAACCCUCACGGGCGAGCCGAGCAGUGAACCCAGUUCUCCCCACCAGCACCUCUUCCUCACAAAACCCCCUCACCAUGUCCAACGACAGCUCUGCCGCUUGGCCCGUUGCCGACCAGGCUCUCUCGCAAGAGAUCCUCGAUCUGGUGCAGCAGGCCACUCACUACCGCCAGCUGAAGAAGGGCGCCAACGAGGCAACCAAGACACUCAACCGCGGCAUCGCCGAAGUGGUCAUCCUGGCCGCCGACACCUCCCCGUUGGCCAUUCUUCUCCAUCUGCCGCUUCUCUGCGAAGACAAGAACGUGCCCUACGUCUACGUUCCUUCCAAGAUGGCUUUGGGACGCGCCUGUGGUGUCUCUCGCGCUGUCAUUGCCGCCUCAAUUACCACGAACGAGGCUUCGGACCUCAUGAGCCAGAUUCGAACUCUGAAGGACAAGGUUGAAAGGCUGCAGAUCUAAGUGAGAUCAAGGCCGACUGGAACUACAACUAUUGCUGGCCAAGUGCGGAAUCUCGGAGAAAAAUUUGUCUGGACUUCUCAGCCACCUGCUUAGGAACAUACGUGCUCAGAUAAGACCAGCUACAAUCUGAUACGCAUAUUAUACCAUAUAUCCCCAAGUCCACCUAAUCUUAUUGCCACGCCUCCAGCACGCAGCACGGAAAGUGGGAGCACUGGGCUUGCUAUGACGAGGAUAUCCUGACCGUGUGAUUCUAACCAAGCCCUCUUUGUCCUUGCCGACUGCUCAUAUAAACUGCCCGUCGGACACAACGACAAGGAGACUGGUCAGGAGGUCUAAUUAUUAUAUGCGCUUUCCAUGCAUGAUCUUCGGUUCUAAUCCAAUAAUCUGGUGGAAGGGAUCCUAUCGAUUCCUUAGAUGAGGGAGGAAUAGGGUGUGAUGCGAGAUUAGAC